AUGUAUAUAGAUUACACCUCUGGUCAAGUUACUUUGAAUGAACCAGAUCUAAGUUCAAUACGAUGGAUCUCUAUUCAAUACCAACUUGGAUGGUCUUUGACAGAGACAGAAUGUAGUAAAAUAUCAACUUUUUUAUCAUGUAUCACUGUUGGUAAUGCCCAAAAUAUAACAUCGAUUUUUAUGUUUUUAAAAGAUGUUAAUCAUGUAAUUGAUCAAGGUGCUGUACCUGUUGUUUCCUCACUUAAAUUCAAUGCACUGGAACACAUAUCCUUUGCAACAUCCAAUCCAGUAAAAGAUCCAAAUCAAAACUUUAUGGUACUUCUUCAUGUUCCUGAAAACAAUCGACUAUUCACCUUAAAUUUAUACAAUCUAUAUGACCCAGUAAUAUUACCAAAUAACUUUGGUGUAUAUCUUUCUCUUGGUCAAAUUGGAUUUUAUAAUACAACUUUUAAUUCCAACAUUCCUUCAACUUUAUUCACUCCUAAUACAUUAACUUUUACUUUUCGAGAUUCUAAAUUCACUAGUUCUUCAUACAGUGUUCUGUUGAAUCCAAAUGUAAAAUUACCAGGUUUGAAUACAUUAGCGACAUAUGCUACACAAUCCACCUUUUACAAUUUAACAUCUGAUAAUUAUCCAAAUUUAUAUUCAGUUGAUAUUAUAGCUGAUGCUCCAAUAUAUGUUUCUAUAUCUAUGCCUCGAUUAUCAAAUUUAAUUCUACGUUCAACAACAUUAUAUGAUGUUAACCCAAAUGAAUCGAAUCUAACAAUUUCUGGUCAAUAUCCCAAUCUUAAAACACUAACUCUUUCAAAGAUAAAGUUUACACCCACUGAUUUUUCUUUUGCUCCAAAAAUGGACCAAGUUACAAUUUCAGGAUCUAAUUUCUUUUCCAAUUUAAUAAAUGUAUCAUCUCUCUAUGCUGUAGAUUCUAUUUCUCCAGCAGUUUUCCCUUCGGUAUCUUGGUUUGACCAAGGAGCAAGAGUUGUUUUGAAGAAUAUGAGUUUAUCUGGACAGAUUCCAAAUUACCCAGGACAAGGAUUCUAUCCUGUAACUCUUCACCUACCAAAUAACCCAGGAAUAACUGGAGAGGUUCCUGAAUCAUUUUGUUAUCUUUUUGAUAUCGAUUUGUCGGGAACAUCAGUAACCAAGAUUCCAGAUUGUUAUUUUUGCCAAUGGAAUCAGUUUUGGUCUUAUUUUCCAAUAACUUUACCUGAAACCUUUGAAUGCAGUAACUUCCCAGCUAGUGGUGAACCAUCAGGAAAGCAGACAUUUACUAUUUAUAACAAGAAUUUAACAUUAGAAUGGGUUACAGAUCCUACUAAACUUGAUACAGCCACUGGAUCUGUCAAUGAAGGUUCACUUAGAAUCGAUAUUUUUGGUCAGUUUAAUGAAGAUUUUAUUUAUACAAUUGAUUACAAUGAUCAGCCAUGCUUGGUUGAAAGGAUACAACCUACCUUUUUAAAUUGCUAUGUUUAUAAUCCAGUUGGUUCCAAAUAUAAUAUCGCUACUGUAAACAGUACCUAUCAAACAUUUGUAAUAUUAUUUGAAAUACGAAAUACUCCUGUUGUAACAGCAACCUCUGAACUAUUGGAAACUGGUGGAGAUCUAUUGCUUUAUGGAUACUUCCCAGAGACAAUCACUGUAUUAGAUGUAUCUGUCAACAACAUUACCUGUAACAUUAUAGAGUCCAAUAGCAAUGAAAUUCAUUGCAAUCUUCCUGGUAACCUAUCAAUAGGAUUCGCUGAUCUUGAAGUUAAUACUGAUAACAAAAUUUUUAGAUCAAAGAGUUUAUUAGUUGUUUACCCAAUUAAAAAAAUUAAUAACUGUAUAUCGAGUUCAAGUAAUUCUUCGAAAGACUGUAGUGGUAAUGGAAAAUGUUUCAAUAAUAGAUGUAUUUGUAACAAUGGAUUCGGUGGAUUCUAUUGUCAAUCAGAGUUAACUCCAACUAUAAUUUUCAGACCAAAUACAACAUCGCCAGAUGUUGUCGUUAGUAAGAGCAACACACAUUUCCAAUUCAAUAUUAUUGCAAUUGAAGAGUUGAAUGAUCUACGUGAUACAGUCAUAAGAAACUCGAUUAAUCAAUCGAAAUGGACUUAUUCAACUAAUAGUACCAAUCAAUUCGAUAACUAUAAGUAUAUUAUUAAUGAUACGAGUGCCGGUUGUUCUCUAGAAGUCAAUAUCGACAAUUUCAAAGUGAAUCAAAACAUUACAUUUGGUAGUAUCAUUCAUAGUUAUCCUGUCAACUCUCUGAAGUUGUCAAUCACAAUUAGUGGAUGGCUAUUCACCUCGAAUUUAAAUACACUAAGAGUACUCCUACAGACAGAGAUGAAAUACGAUCAGUUGGAAGAUAAAUGUAAAUCAGAUAUUCAAAAGAAUCAACAAUUCGAUCAACUUCAUAACUUACAAUACUUAACGAUUACCAAGGAUGGUGUCACCUACUUUGGAAGAUUCUUGGAUUAUGUUUUAUCAGAUAACCGACCUGCUUACUCGUUGAAUGAGAUCAUAAGUAACUCGACAACCAACAGUACUCAAUCAGUUAUUAUUGGAAUCAACAUGCCACAGAGUCAAACAACUAUUAUCGAUCCUGAUUUUUCUGUUCUGGUUGAUCCAUCAAGUGAACCAACCGAUUGCAAAGAAUCCACGUCAUCUUCUAAAUCAAUGAAGUUGGUCGCUAUCAUCGUUCCUAUUGGUGUAUUUGCAGUUGCUGCAUUAGCUGGUACAAUAAUAUAUAUAUUAGAUAUUGAUGUAAUUUAUUCAAAGUGUUCUUUGAUUUCAAUCUCUGUCGUUGAACAAAUUUUAUUUUUCUUUUCCUCAUUUUUGGUUCUUUUUUUAAGUUCCAUACGAUGGCUUUCUAUGCAAUAUCAACUAGGAUGGUCGUUAACUGAAGUAGAUUGUACAGCCUUAUCACAAAUAGUUUGUAACACUGUUGGAAAUGAGCAAAAUGUUUCCAUAAUAUAUGUAACUUCACUCUAUCAACCUACUCCUCAAGGAACCCCACCAACUAUUCAAAAACUGGCAUUUCAAAAUAUAACUCGAAUUGUUUUAACUGGAUACUAUCCUGCUGUUGAUCCAUCUCAAAACAUUUUUGAAUUGAUCAAUAUUCCAGAGAAUAAGUAUUUAGAAGUAUUAAAUUUCCAAUUUGUAGACCCAAUUGUUCUUCCUUCAAAUUUUGGUUCAUACUUUUCAGAUUUCAAUUUUUUUUCAAAUGUCUGGAUGUUCUUAAUAUUUCCUGACCAAUCUCCAAUGAUACACACUUUUUUUAACCUUACAAAUACUAAUUUCCCAAAUAUGCAACAAAUAGAAUUAACACUUUCUCAGCCUGUUGAUGUUAAUAUACAAGAAUUUCCAGGACAAGCCAUAAAGUUGAAAUCUACUCCGUCAAGAUAUAAGAAUGAAAUUAGAUCAAAUUUAUCAUUUAAAAGUGCAUAUGGAUUUUACUUAUUAGAUAUAGAUAAUUUUAAUAUCAACCCAAAUGAUUUCAGAUUAUCAAGUUUAUCAACUAUAACUCUUCAAAAAUCUGGAGGUAUUACAGGACCAAAAUAUUUACGAUACUAUAAAGAAAUCAAUUCAGAUCCUUCAACCUAUCCAGUUUAUUCUUGGUUUGCAGCAAAUAGUACAAUUGAAAUAAAUAAUAAUACUCACUUGGUAGGUCCUGUUCAUGAUUAUCCAAGUGAAGGGUUUUAUCCAAUUACUUUGAACUUGGCAGACAAUCCAAAUAUAAGCGAGUUGCCAGAGUCUUUUUGUUAUUUAGAAGAUAUCGAUCUCACCGGCACAGCACUUACAACAGUACCAGAUUGUUUCUAUUGUAAAUGGACCUUUUUUAAGAAUAGAUUUUCUGUUAAAAUUCCAACUGAUUUCGUUUGUGUUCCGAGAUUAGAUAAAACUUUAUUUGUUUACAAUCCAAUAAACCCAAAUCCAAUCAACAUGCAUAUUUUUGGCAAGAAUUUGGGUUGGGAUAAAAUUGCAAAUCUGACAAUGGUUACAGCAAAUUCACAUUUUAUAUAUAAUAAUAAUAAUACAACUAAAGGAUCAUUUUCAUUUUUUGUAAAUACAACCAAACUUACAUUCGAAUGGGCCUAUGAUAUAAGUAUUGUCAAUGCUGCAUUUGGUAUUAUUGAAGGAACAUCGCUUCGAGUUGAAAUCAAUGGUACUUUCAAUACUACAAUGGACUAUCUAGUUGUAAUCAAUGGUGUUUCAUGUUCACCUGCAGACAUAUAUCCAAAUGUUUUGAUUUGUACUUUAAGUUCUAUACCUACAAUCAGAAACCCUAUAGUAACUGUAACAAAUGAAAUUCAAUCUAUUAAUACUACUUUAAAGAUACAAAAUAUACCUAUUGUUGUUUCAACAUCAAAGCUUUACGAAUCGGGAGGAAACUUAACUCUCUAUGGAUACUUCCAUGAUAAUAUUAUUCAGGCAAACGUUACUGUCAACAAUGUAAAUUGUACUAUUACCAAGGCAAACUCUACUGUUAUAGUAUGCAUUAUUACAACCAAUCUGACACCUGGUUUUGCAAAUUUAAGUGUAUUUACCAAUAAUAUAGAGUUUAUAUCCUCUUAUUUAGUUAUAUAUCCUUUAGAUAUACCAAAUAAUUGUAUUGUUGAUAAUUCUACUUGUAGUAGUAAUGGUAAUUGUAUAAACAAUAAGUGUGUUUGUAAUAGUGGAUUUGGUGGUUAUUAUUGUCAGUCUACAUUGACACCAACUGUAAUAAUUCAACCAAAUACAACAUCACCCAACGUCAAUGUAAUUUCAAACAACACACAAUUCCAAUUCAAUAUCAUUGCAAUACAAGAGUUGGACGAUCUCCGAGAUGUCUUCAGUAGCUAUCACUUCAAUGUAUCAAAUUGGAACUAUUCAAAGUCAUCCGAUAUUGAAAAGGAUAACUAUAAAUAUGUUCUAAAUGACUCGAGUGUACAGUUCAAGACAGAGGUCAAUAUAGAUAACUUUAAGGUCUACAAGAAUUUAACUUUUGCUGGUAUUGAAACUAUUUAUCCUCCAAACUCUUUGAAGUUAUCGAUCACUAUAAGUGGAUGGUCAUUCAACUCGAAUCUAAAUACACUGAGGGUGUUGUUUGCGACCGAGAUGAAGUACCAAACAAUCGAUGAUAAGUGUCAAUCGGAAAUCAGAGACAAACAACAAUUCGAUCAACUUCAUAACUUACAAUACUUAACGAUUACCAAGGAUGGUGUCACCUAUUUCGGAAGAUUCUUGGAUUAUGUUUUAUCAGAUAACCGACCUGCUUACUCAUUGAAUGAGAUAAUUAGUAACUCGACAACCAACAGUACUCAAUCAGUUAUUAUUGGAAUCAACAUGCCACAGAGUCAAACAACUAUUAUCGAUCCCGAUUUUUCUGUUCUAAUUGACCGAUCUAGUGAACCAACAGAUUGCAAAGAAGAUUCACCAUCAUCUUCUAAAUCAAUGAAGUUAGUAGCAAUCAUCGUUCCUGUUGUCAUUGUUGGUGUUGCUCUUAUUGUCGCUAUAAUAUUUAACGUUACCAAGGAUGAUGUCACCUACUUUAGAAGAUUCUUGGAUUUUGUCUUAUCAGAUAACAGACCUGACCUACUCUUUGAAUGA